AUGGACCAGACUGGAGCUGGACCUUCAGGCGAACAGCAAAAUUACGAGCAACCGGACGCUCCCCAAGAUGAGGGAAAUCCUGAAGCUGCCAUCCCACAAGACAACGACGAGGAACAGCUUGAGGCGCUCCUAAACCAGCAUCAAGAAAUCAUAGAGGCUGGAGACCGUCUUCACGACAGGCAAGACAUUUACAAUAUUAGAACGCAUGAUUUUUUUACGGUUGAGGCAUUAAUCGAAGAAUUGCGCAUCAUUUAUCAUAGACAGCGUAGUGCGUUCAAGAUAAACUUAAAUUUUAGUUUUGUACUAAGAAACGUAGAAACGGGAGAGCUAAGAUUCUUUUACGCCUCCAAUAACACUAACGUUUUAGAUGCGCCAAUGAUGGUGCACGACGACCGCUCCUUUAGGGAUUUUAUAGAAGUGUUACGAACGCUGGAUGUAUUAGAAUGGGCUAGAAACUAGCGACCCAAUAGCAAGUGGGUUUUUUAUCGUUUAAUUCAAGCACAGGUUACAGUGACUAGGCUUAAUGUACCGGUCGGUGCACCGGUUGAAUUGCCUUCUUAUAUUUCUAAUAAUCAUUCUAUCAUAGGGUUAACUAAAAGUAGAAAUACGGGUGAGCCAUAUCGCGACAACCUCUGCCUAUUCAGGUGCCUGGCUUUGCAUGAGGGGGCGGGCGAAAGUAGCUUAGAGCGUGCGUCGAAAGCUUGCUUCGAGAGAUAUCUCCAGGAAACUAGCCUGGCUCGCGAGGAUUUCUGCGGGGUUGAUCUGACGGAAUUAAGUGUGGUCGAGGAGCUUUUCUCCGUAUCCAUUUACGUGUACUCGAUUGAUGAGUCUAAGCACGCUGUUUGUAUUCGACGUUCCGUAAAAGACUUUCCAUCAAUGCAUGUAAAUUUGCACGAAAAUCAUUUUAGUUUUAUCGCCGACUUCCAAAAUUACAGCAAUUGUUUCGUAUGUUCCAAAUGCGACAAAAUCUUUCCAAAGCCGUACGAACUGUGUCGCCAUGAGAAAAGGUGUGAUAUAAAUGUAAAACAUAAGUUUCCGGGCAAAGUUUAUCAAUUGCCGAAGACAGUAUUUCAGGAAUUAGAGGACAUGGGAUUUCAAUUUGAGACCACUGAUACUUUUUUCCCUUAUUUUGCCACUUGGGACAUUGAGAGUUUUCAGUACGACGUACGCGCAGAAUCCAAUGCUAGACUUCAAUGGAAGGCUGAACAUGUGCCAGCGUCUAUUUCUGUCGCCAGUAACGUGCCCGGCUACGAGAGCGCUCAUUGUUUUGUUACCGAUGGUGACUCAAAGCAACUUGUCAGUGAUUUUGUCGAAUAUGUUUUUGAAAUAAGUGAUACGAGUUAUCGGCUUUUGAACGAAAAAUUUGAGAAUGUGUUUUCGGAAUUAGACACGAUGUUGACGAAUUUGCCGUCAGAGGACGAAAAGGGAAAACUACAGCUCUUAAGAUUAAAGAAAAAGCUAGAUCAAUAUUUACGGGAAAUGCCUGUCAUUGGCUUCAAUUCCGGUCUCGCUACGACAUCAACGUGA